AUGGGAGAUACUAUGAAAUGGCCCAGGAAGAGUGACAGGCCUAGAGAGAAGAAAGAUCCGUCCAGAUGGUGUGAUUUCCAUUCGGAUAUCGGUCACACUACUGAUGAAUGUGUCGCGCUCAGAAAGGAAGUUGCAUACCUGCUAAAAAAGGGCUACCUCAAAGAACUCCUGUCAGAUAAAUCUAAAGCUUCAGGGAGGGAAAGAGAAUCUAAGCAAGGAGGUCCUCCACCUCCGCCUCCAAUUAUCAAAACCAUCUGUUUCAUAUCAGGGGGAUCAGAAGUAUGUGGUUUAACGUAUUCUGCAGCAAAGCGACAUGCAAAGGAGAGUAAUAAGGAUCAAUCUGACAAGAGGAAGAAAUCCAAGAUAGACAUUCCCAUCAUGUUUGAAGAAAGCGAUGUAGUAGAAGGCCAUCAUGACGGCCUAGUGAUUUCACUCCCAGUUGGAAACUGCAUGAUCAAGCGUAUCCUAGUGGACAAUGGAAGCUCUACAAACAUCAUCAUGCUUGACACUCUGAAACAUAUGAACAUAGACGAAAAGAACAUCGUCAAAAAGUCAACAAUGUUAGUGGGAUUCAGUAGGGAAACCAAGAAGAUAAGUGGAGAGAUUACAUUGGCCACGUACGGAAAAGGAAUCAACCUACAGGUCAAGUUCUUAGUGGUUGACACUCUAUCUUCGUACAAUAUGAUCUUAGGCAGACCCUGGAUACAUGAGAUGAAGGCCAUCCCCUCUACAUACCACCAAGUCAUUAAGUUUCCUACUAGGUGGGGUAUUCAAGAAAUCAGUGGAGAUCCUAGGGAAGCUAAGGAAUGUUACAAGAUCGCACUAAAAGCAACAUCUGCAGAAAAGAGUUCAGCAUAG